GCAAAAGGUGACAAUAAUUUCAGGACCAAACACCAAAGGCUCCCCUACCAGACCAUGUGCUGCCUUACCUGUUCUGUAGCUGAGUGCCUGAGAUCAGCACAACUUUCCAUAAUCUUAACUUAACUAAAAUCUAAACCCCAAAAAUAAAAACCCAAAAACAGGUUAUUUAAUCUUUCUGCUACCUUACAGUUUGAGCUUCUUUCCAGUUCUUUGACAACCCAUUUUCAUUCAUUCUUCCCUUUUCUUUUUCUCACCACCUUAAAAAGCCUGCUACACAUUUUCUGAACCUUUCUUUUUUCUGGGAUUUUUCUUUCUGGGUUUUUUUGGUUCCAAGAAAAGCUUCAAACUUUAAUUAGCUAGAAGAACAUGAGGAAGAAAAACAAUGUUGGGUACUUAUUUUUACCCAUUUUAUCACUUGGGCUGUGUUUAUUUCUCUGUAAUAUUGCAGUUUCUCAGCCUUCAGAUACUGAAAAUGAUGCUGCAGUUAUGUUAGCUUUGAGAAAGAGCUUGAACAACCCACCCGAAUCACUUGGAUGGUCCGGCCCAGAUCCCUGUAAAUGGACCCAUGUGAACUGUAACCAGGAAAACAAGGUGACCCGGAUUCAAAUUGGGCACCAGAACUUGGAAGGUAGUCUCCCUUCUAAUCUUGCUUCAUUAACUAAUCUUGAAAGGCUAGAAGUUCAAUGGAAUAAACUUUCAGGUGAUUUUCCUAGUUUAAGUGGGUUAAGUUCAUUGGAAGUUAUUAUGAUUAGUAAUAAUAAUUUUAGUUCAAUUCCUAGUGAUUUGUUUAAAGGGUUGUCUGUACUUUUGUCUGUUGAUCUUGAUAACAACCCAUUUAAGGGGUGGCAAAUUCCUGAAUCAUUAAAAGAUGCUUCAACACUUCAGAAUUUUUCUGCUAAUUCUGCUAAUGUUAUUGGGAAGAUACCUGAUUUUUUCGGGCCGGAUUCAUUCCCGGGUUUGGUGAAUUUACAUUUGAGCUUCAAUAGUUUAGAAGGAGGGUUACCUGAAAGCUUUAGUGGGUUUCAAAUUCAGUCAUUGUGGUUGAAUGGGCAGAAAAGUGUAAGCAAACUUAGUGGGAGAAUUGAUGUGAUUCAGAACAUGACUUCUUUAAAGGAAGUCUGGUUGCAUCAGAAUGCAUUUUCUGGUCCAUUGCCUGAUUUUUCCGGGUUGAACGAACUUCAGGUGUUGAGCCUUAGGGAUAAUAAGUUUACUGGAGUUGUCCCGGCGUCUUUGAUGAGUUUAGAGUCUUUAGCUGUUGUGAAUUUGACCAAUAACUUGUUUCAAGGGCCAAUGCCGGUGUUUAAGAGCUCGGUUGCUGUGGAUUCGACUGAGAAUUUGAACAGUUUUUGCUUGCCUAAGCCUGGUGAUUGCAGUCCACAAGUGAAUACUUUGCUUUCUGUUGCGAAAGCCAUGGAUUAUCCAGCAAGACUUGCUCAGUACUGGAAGGGGAAUAACCCUUGUAGUGAUUGGUUUGGUAUCACUUGUAGUAAUGGUAAUAUUACUACUGUUAAUCUGGAGAAAAUGAAUCUUAAUGGAACUAUUUCUCCUGAUUUAGCAUCCCUUAAAUCAUUACAAAGGCUUAUUCUUGCGAAUAAUAAUCUCACUGGUACUAUCCCACAAGAGCUUACUACUCUUCCAUCCCUUACUGAACUAGAUGUGUCAAACAAUCAGAUUUAUGGCAAAGUUCCAUCCUUUAAAAAGAACCUGAUUUUGCAUACUGAGGGUAAUCCUGACCUUGGGAAGGAUGAGAGCAAGAUUUCACAUGGUCGAGGAACAUCUUCUCCCUCGGGCACAGGCACAGCUGAGGAAAAGAAUGAUGGUUCAGGAAAAAGAUCAAAACUUUCUACUGGUGUGAUUGUAGCUAUAUCUGUUGUUGGAGCUGUUCUCUUUUUGCUUCUGUGUGGUGUAUUGGGAUUCUGUAUUUUCAAAAAGAAGCAAAAUAAGUUUAGGAGGGUACAAAGUCCGAAUGCAAUGGUGGUUCAUCCUCGUCACUCUGGAUCUGACAACGACAAUCUUAAGAUUACAGUUGCAGGAUCAAGUGUCAGUACUGUUGGAGGGGUUAGUGAGAGCCACACUAUUCCAUCCAGUGAGACAGGUAGCAUACAAAUGGGUGAUACUGCAAACAUGUUUAUUUCCAUUCAAGUCCUAAAAAAUGUGACGAAUAAUUUCAGUGAGGAUAAUAUUUUGGGACAAGGAGGAUUUGGGACAGUAUAUAAAGGCGAAUUACAUGAUGGAACAAAGAUUGCUGUAAAAAGAAUGGAAUCUGGGGUGAUUGCAGGAAAAGGGUUGAAUGAGUUUAAGGCUGAAAUCGCAGUUUUGACAAAGGUACGUCAUAGGCAUUUGGUUUCACUUAUUGGGUACUGUUUAGAUGGCAAUGAGAAGCUUCUGGUAUACGAGUACAUGCCUCAAGGAACAUUGAGUAGGCAUGUAUUUAACUGGGCUGAGGAAGGGUUAAAGCCUCUUGAGUGGACUAGAAGGUUGAGCAUUGCUUUGGAUGUGGCUAGAGGUGUUGAAUAUCUUCAUACUUUGGCUCAUCAAAGCUUUAUACAUCGAGACCUAAAACCUUCUAAUAUCCUUCUUGGGGAUGAUAUGAGAGCAAAAGUUGCUGAUUUCGGUCUUGUACGUUUGGCUCCUGAAGGAAAGGCCUCAGUUGAAACUAGGAUUGCUGGAACUUUUGGAUACUUGGCACCAGAAUAUGCAGUAACUGGACGAGUUACCACUAAAGUCGAUGUCUUCAGCUUUGGGGUAGUCCUAAUGGAGUUGCUUACCGGAAGAAAAGCCUUAGACGAGACCCAGCCUGAAGAAAGCAUGCACCUUGUGACAUGGUUCAAACGUAUGCACAUCAACAAGGAGACAUUCCGGAAGGCGAUUGACCCCACUAUCGACCUUGAUGAAGAGACCUUAGCCAGCAUCAGUACUGUUGCUGAGCUAGCAGGCCACUGUUGUGCGAGGGAGCCAUAUCAAAGACCAGACAUGGGCCAUGUGGUCAAUGUAUUAUCUUCAUUAGUAGAGCUAUGGAAACCAACAGAAGCCAACUUUGAUGAUUGUUAUGGUAUAGAUCUAGAUAUGUCUUUACCACAAGCCUUGAAGAGAUGGAAGGCAUCUGAAGGUACGAGUCAGGUGGAAUCAUCAGUAUCAGCAUCAGCAUCAGCAUCAUCUUCCUUUGUUGAGAACACGCAAACUAGUAUGGUUGCUCGGCCUUAUGGGUUUGCUGAUUCCUUUACUUCAGCAGACGGUAGAUGAACUAGCGUGAAAAUUGAUGAUGGUAUAUGAUCAGGUUGAAGAUUAACAGGUUCUGGUUUGUGUAUUGUUGGUGUUCAUUUCACUCUGACAACAACAGGAGUCAAUGGUUUGGGAAAGCAUUGCAAGAUGUGUAUUGUUUGUGUUGUCUUGGUGUUUUUUUUCCCCUUUCUCAGAUGUAUAUGUAAUAGGCUAAUAGCCCUUUUGAUUCUUCUUUGUGUUUUUCUUGUUAAUUUGUUAUCAUUAUUUCAUCUUGGGAUGAAGCUUUUAAGCAUGUAACUCUUGAUUCCCCUGGGGCGAGGCCGCGAGGGAGGGUAACAACCACGCAAUUCCUCACACUCUCCUCCGCCGAGGAAGUCUGUCAAAAGUGGUAAUGGAUACAAGUAACUUUUACUGGCA